AUGGCCGACUUCGAACCUCUCAAGAACGAUCUUCUCCUGCGCACCGCCCGAGGCGAGAAGGUCGAGCGCCCGCCAUGCUGGGUCAUGCGUCAGGCUGGACGCUACCUCCCCGAGUACCAUGAAGAAAAGGGCAGCCACGACUUCUUCGAAUGCUGCCGCAGCCCAGAGAUUGCCUCCAACCUCACAUUGCAACCCAUUGACCGCUUCGAGGGCCUCAUCGAUGGCGCCAUCAUCUUCUCCGACAUCCUUGUCAUCCCUCAGGCUAUGGGUAUGGAGGUCGUGAUGCUCGAUGGAAAGGGUCCGCAUUUUCCCAAUCCUCUCGAGAGCCCCGAAGAUCCCCAGUUCAAGGAAGUCAUGGAUUUGAAAGUCGAUGUCAACGAGAGUCUGAAGUAUGUGUAUGAGGCGAUCACCAUGACACGGAGAAAGCUCAAGGGUCGCGUACCAUUGUAUGGGUUCUGCGGUGCUCCGUUCACUUUGAUGUGCUACAUGGUCGAGGGUGGUGGAACGAAGGUGUUCAGGCAUACAAAGACGUGGAUAUUCCAGUACCAUGCUGCAGCAAAGCAAUUGUUGCAGAAGAUCGCGGAGCUGUGUGUCGACUAUCUUGCUCAGCAAGUCGUGGCGGGUGCACAAAUCUUGCAGGUCUUCGACAGCUGGGCGGGAGAAUUKAGCCCAGCUUCUUUCAAGGAGUUCUCGCUGCCUUAUCUGGUUCACAUUUGUGACAACCUGCCCAAGAAAUUAAAAGAGCUGGGUCAGGAGGUUGUACCAAUGGUGGUCUUCGCAAAGGGUGCCUGGUAUGCACUAGAGGAUCUAUGCAAAACAAACUACAACGUGGUGGGGCUCGACUGGCUACACGACCCCAAGGAAGCAUACGCGGUUGCACAGAAGUACGGAAAGGUCGUUCAGGGCAAUGCCGAUCCUGGCGUUCUCUACGGCGGUCACGAAGCCAUCACCRAGGUCGUGACGGAGAUGGUGAAGGGCUUUGGUGGUGGAAAGCAGGGUUGGAUCGCAAACCUGGGACAUGGUAUCACACCUUGGGUGAAGCCGGACGACUUGAAGUUCUACUUCUCCGAGAUUCACAGACUCAGCGAUCUUCAUCAGAAAAACUCUUUCCCCAAUCUCAAGGACCUCAAAGCCGCGGAGGAUACGAUGCAUCACCGGAAUCUGCYCCACGGGGAUUGGUAG